UUCUCUUCUCCUCUGCCUUGGAUUCGGCCGCUCAGCAGGUGAUUCAGUCAGCUUGUCUACGUUGCGCCCCCUCCCUGCUCGACACCGUCUCCGGGUUUCUUUUCUUUUUCAUCUUUUGCUCUGCCUCUUGUUUGUGUGUCAUUCGUCCUCCCUCCGUUGUCCCUCCGUUGUCCCUACCCUUCGCCACCACCUUCUAUCGCCGCUUCUCUGUGAGAUAAGAAAAGAAACAAGAUCCUCCUCAAAUAUCGACGACGCCCUUGUGCUUCUUUCAACUGUACAGCCUACAACAGCCGCGUGACAUCUUGUUUGUCAGACGCCAACUCAUUAAUACCGUCCUCAUACGCCAAUAUGCCGGUCCAACUUCUGCCGGCCUCAGCCGCUGCCUUUGCCCCCAGGGCUUCAUCCGUCAACGUCGUCCUGGGCUCAAGGGUUGAGCCAUGGCUUACUCAGACACUCAAGCGCGUCAACCGGGUCAAGCGUCCUCUCAACAGCAUUCCUCAGCACCAUCGAUGCCUUACCGAGACUCUGUCAUCGCCAAAUGCCAUCUGGACCCUGGCCUCAUUAAUGUUCCCCAAGCUGCCCCAAGCCGAGAUGCCAGAGGACCCCACAGAGAAUCUCUUCAGCCAUCAGCUCAUCCACAUCGAGGCCUACAUCGUUCACGUCGACAUGGUCCUGCGCAACGAGGUUGCCUACAAGCUCACCGUCGAAACCAUUGACGCCCUCGUCGAGUACCACAAGGACAUUUACUGCGUUGAUGCCAAGGCGAAUACCUACGAGUGGUCUGAGAAGGAGCAGCAGUGCAAGAAGCUGCAUGACGACUUUGUGCAGGCUGUCAACAAGUAUGUUUUCCGCACACAUGUCUCUGCCCUGGAAGGUCUUGAGGAGGAGGGUGCUGGCGAGCUGCUCAACGGAAAGAGCGAGGAAGUCAAGAUGAGCCUCAUGAAACUGAUGAAGCCGCUUCUGCCUCCUCCUCCUCGUGUUGUCGAAGUCAUUCGACAGCCGCCUCUGCUGCCCAGCUCUCCUCUCGCCAACAUGUGGACACAAGCUGGCCCUCCUCACAUCAUCCCUGCCGCCGUUGAGCCUUGGCAAGUGUUGCCCUCAAGCCCCAGCGUUACUUCAUCUGUCGACUCGGUCAACACUCCCAUCUGGGCCAACAUGGGCAUGAGCGAUGUCCAGCUGCCGUCUCCCACGCCUUCGUUUAGCUACCCGCACUCCACUGCCGAGCUUUUCUUCAGCCCGCCAAUCAUGACGCCCAUUCCUGCUCUUCCUCUCCCGAGUGUCUAUGCGCCGUCACAAUGCGGUGUCAGCGUCGGCAUGGGCAUGGGCGGCUUUGGCUGGGAUCGCUACCAAGAGUACGCCGCGACAAUGUGAAAGUAGAGAUCUGCUAUGCUGGCUUCUUCUUAAUGCUGUCCCGGUCACCAGCUUGUGGUCUCGGAUCACUACCCCUUUUUUUUCUCCAGGGGAAAAAAGCAAACGAGUUUUUUUUUUUAUCUUCUCAGCGGCAUAGACACUUUGUCAGGGCAUAUAGGCGUUUUGUUGCAUCAGGAACGGAGUUCGAAUACCUCAUCCAAUUAUUCUUGCUAGGAAAUACCCCUAAUCAUUUCCUCUUUUUCUUUUUCUUCUUUUUCUUUUUCACCUUUUCUUUCUUGGUUCUUUUUCCUUACCCCCCUUUCCGUUUUGCUAUCGGCGACACAGCAAGCGUGCACUUGGUUUCGAAUCUAGUUCCUCGUUCAAGAUCCAGGAAAUACCAUCAUCAACUGUCGCAUCAGAGCCGCUAGCUCGGCAUUUCUUUUUGGGUUAACUUGUUAUUUUGUUUACAUUAUACCACCAACAUGGCUGGAUCCGAGGCUGGCAAUCUGGAUGCUUACUUUUUUCUUCAACGGACGGGGACUCUUUCCUUCGACAGUCACCAACGGCUUGCGACAUUCUUUUCUCUUCUUUUCCUUAUUCUUGUUUUUCUGGUACCAUUGGGUUAAAGAUAAGAGGCAAACUGCAGCAAUGCACAACAAUCGGCUCGGCCCGAAACCUCCAUUGGAUUUGAAUAUCCUACACUUUCGCUUCUCGUCUAUUCUUUUUUGUCUCUCUUGAGAGACAUUCAGAAGCAGACUUUCUCUUUUCUCUGGAAGAUAUCCCCUCAAUGUGGUGCCCGACUAUGAUACUUCAGGUUACUGCAUGGAGUCUUUCCUUAAUCCUGUCUUGCGUUAAUGAUGCUUUACGAAUAUUUGACGACGACACGAAUGAGUUAUGAAUAGAUUUCUUGGGUAUGCGAUACGACCUUUCGAAUGUUUAGAACGCCUAUCAAGGACUCUUACGACGCAACCAAUUUAUUCAACUCAGCUUUUUGUUUCCAACAUUUGACAAGCUGGAUCUGAACUGGCUUUCAGACCAGUAUUGUCUUCAUGGAACACGACGUCAUGCCAGCAAAACCAAACCACUACGCAAUUGUGAUCAUGGUGCUGGGAUAUCCGGCAUAUUCUUAGCCCACACAGACACUGGUUGUCGACAGGGGUGUACACGCCCGGCGGCAAGCCCGUGCGGGUUGUUGAUAAAUGGAAAGAUGAUACAGGGGUGAACCUCACUUUCCACUUCUGCUGAGCAGCGAUGGGUAGUGCGAGUAGUCCCUGCUUCCUUUACAUUGUUUCACCCUCUUUUCUUUUCAGCCAGGCAUCUCAAGCAUCCAGAGGGGGCACUCUACUACGGCACGCCGCGGAGCCUUGCUAAAUCGGACAUGUCAGCAAGGCCGCUAUCAUGGCUAAGCUGAAGUCAAAGAGGCUACCGCGGGUCGAGGAGCUGUGCACCCUUAAGACUGCCUGGCGAGACUGAGGCGAAAUGAUUUUGUAGCUCAUCUCUCUACACCACCACUUCCGCUUCGAGCUGUUCUCCCCGCUAGACUGGAUCUAGCCGGGUACACACUGGUAGCGGCUGUGGCGCGAUGCCAAGUGAGCGAGGCCAGAGGCUGCCAAACAAGGCUGUGCUUUGUUCGGCAUGACCUACUUCGCUCCAGGGCUCUCCCGCUGGGAACGGGAGGGCGCUUGGUAUAUGCAUUUCAAGAGAUGCUGGAUAUAAAACAAAAACAAAAACUCAAAGUGUGCGAGAGAAAAUGUUAUGAAAAGAGAGGGAAAACCGCCGAAAAAAAAAAGAUAUAACAGACGGGAAAAAAAUCGGCUCUUCACCCUGGCGGUGGGGAUGCUUUGCACGCAAGUAUGAAGCGCACUGCUGGAAAAGGGUCCCUGUUCGUUCUCUUUCUUUAGCUAAUUGAAACAUUAAAACAAUUUUUUUUGG